AGUAGUUUCAAAGAUGGCGGAUUUCCUGCCGUCCCGCUCUAUUUUAUCGCUCUGUUUCCCAAACUGUCUCCUCACGAGCGGAGAAGUGGAGCAGCUGCGGAAGUCCAAGGAGAUAGACAAAUGUCUGAGCAAGGACAAGACGUACGUCAAGCGGCUGGUGAAGAUCCUGCUGCUCGGAGCGGGCGAGAGCGGCAAGUCCACCUUCCUCAAGCAGAUGCGCAUUAUCCACGGGCAGGACUUCGACCAGAGAGCCAAGGAGGAGUUCAGGGCCACCAUAUUCAGUAACGUCAUCAAAGGUAUCAGAGUGUUGGUGGAUGCUAGAGAAAAGCUUCACAUCCCGUGGGGUAACCCAUCCAACCACCAUCACGGAGAAACCAUGAUGGCCUUUGACACCCGCUCAGCCAGGGCUCACGGCACGGUGGAGUCCAAAAUCUUUCAGCACUACCUUCCAUCCAUCGCCGCUCUGUGGGCAGACGAGGGCAUCCAGAACGCCUACGACCGACGCCGGGAGUUCCAGCUGGGGGAGUCGGUGAAGUAUUUCCUGGAUAAUCUGGACAGGCUCGGACAGUCGGACUACCUUCCCAGCCAGCAGGACAUCCUCCUGGCCAGGAAGCCCACCAAGGGGAUCCACGAGUACGACUUUGAGAUCAAGAACGUGCCCUUCAAGAUGGUGGACGUCGGCGGCCAGCGCUCAGAGAGGCGGCGCUGGUUCGAGUGCUUUGACUCUGUCACUUCCAUCCUCUUCCUCGUCUCAUCCUCUGAAUAUGACCAGGUGCUAAUGGAGGACCGGCAGACCAACCGGCUAAGCGAGUCCCUCAACAUCUUUGAGACCAUCGUGAACAACCGCGUCUUCAACAACGUCUCCAUCAUCCUCUUCCUCAACAAGACAGACCUGCUGGAGGAGAAGGUCAAGCAGGUCUCCAUCAAGGACUACUUCCCCGACUUCCUGGGCGAGCCCUCCAGCCUGCUGGACGUCCAGCACUUCCUGGUGGAGUGUUUUCAUAAAAAGCGCCGCGAGCAGCAGCAGAAGCCGCUCUACCACCACUUCACCACGGCCAUCAACACGGAGAACAUCCGGCUGGUGUUCCGGGACGUCAAGGACACCAUCCUGCACGACAACCUGAAGCAGCUGAUGCUCCAGUGAGGUGCCCCCCCCCAGAGGGCCUCUGAGCUGAAACUCUGUAUUAAAGCCACUACCGCCGCAGUGCCCCCCCCUCGCCUUCUUUCAGGCUGACUUUGCCCCUCAGUGGGCAAGAGCUCAGACUUCCUGUUACCACGUGACUGUAGCCACAGGGGCCCCCCCCACCUUCAGUGCUGGGUCCAGUAUCUCAUGGAGGAACUUUUUCUGCUUUAACUCUGCUUCAGUGCCUCUGGUGACGUAGAGGGGGGGGGGGGGGGGGAUGGACACCAUAGGAAUUCUUCUCUCACCUUUCUAAUCAUUUCCCUUAACUUAUAUUUUAUAGCGGUUUAUGACAGCCCAUAAAAGCUGUUGGGGGGCGGCUGGAGAUGCGUGCUGGUCCUUCCUGGGUGGGGCCACUCCGCCCUUCAGCAGCUCAGUGACUCUGUAGCGGACAAACCCCCGCCUGCAGCAGCAGAUCUGCAUCUGUUCCAUCCAUUCCAUGAUCCCGUAACAGAAUAAGUGUUUGACCUGACGGAUGAUGACAGUCUGCUGUUCUUGGUGCCUUCAGGAUGCAGACCCCCGCUGCCCCCGUGGCUCCGGCUGCUCACAUGUUGGGGUUUGGAGGGACAGACGGCGGUCCAGGGGGGGACAGAGGGUCCUGCUCUGCUGCCCCCAUGGCAAACAGAAAGGCUCUGCCCCCCCUUUAGGGUGUCAGCUGUCAGUCAGGGCUUCGUGCACCCUUCAUGCUUCCAUCCUGUACUUUCACACACGCGUGUUCCUUGCUCUGUUAUGGAAGCUGAAGCCGUGCACGUACGCAGCCGUGCACGUACGCCCGCAGCUGCAGCGCACGCUGCUCCAUGUUCCCGCACUUUAAAAGCGCACAGAUUUCACCGCUCGUGCAUGAAUAUGUCCACGUUUACUGUGAGGGCGGAGCUGCCAGCCCCCAUACCGUAGGGUGCAGCUGAGCUGGGGGGCAGAGUCUCCUCAGCUCUGCAUCAGGCUCACUCUAGUGUUGUGUGUCCUCAGACCUGAAGGGCUGCCUUAACCCCACGUGACCCCCCCACCAUGAUGUCAGAUGUCUCAGCUGAUGCUGAACAAGCUGCAGUCUGCAGAAAACGGUGCUGGGGGGGGACUGGGGGAGGAGACGGGCCGGACUUUUCUGUUCCCGGGUCCUUCCAGACCAGGAGCUCAGAGCGUUUUCACUCUGAAGGACGUGCAGACGUGGCGCCACGGCGUGCGUCCGUAUUCCAGUUUGCCUCUUUUCUAUAGAUUUCUUUUUUAACUUUGUUUUCCAAAAGUGUCCUUCCACGGAGGACUCUGUGAACGCCACGGUAACGCCACGGUAUUCCAACGGUCUCCACCAAAGGAUCUGCCAAAUGUUCCUGAUGACGGCGCCUCCUGUUUGUAAAAUGAUUUGAAACGAACAAAACACUUUCUUCACAACGUUUCAGUGUUCAGUUGAAGGAGCUUCAGUAUUCACGUUAACUUAUGCUGUCUGACCAUCUACUCCAAUAAACCUGAUGUAAAUAAACCUUUUUUAACGCCU